AUGUAUGUGAAAUGGUUUGAUACAGUAAUGUUUUACUAUGUGAUUUUAGUGAAUGUCACUUUUUGUAAUUUUCAAAUUUCCCGCCGUUCCGUCCCCCGUACGUCCCGACGCUCCAUAGGGGACGGAACCCAGAUGACAUCCGCCGGAUUACAUUGCCGGGGACACUGCAGGAGGGACAUCGUGGGAGCGCAGGACAAGGUAAGUGAUCGAGGGAUCGCGGAGCAGUGCUGCAUGGUAAGCCCGAGUGUAGCUCGGGGUUACCGCUUUUGCUACACUCGGGAGUACCGCCAGGGAGGU